GAGCGACGCUUGCAGCUGAUAUACCGCUGGCUCAAAAAUGGAGAGCGACACCACUGUCAGGAGAAUAAAACCCUUCGGGACACAGAAUUAUGUAGCGCAGGACAACGACGGUUCCCGGGUCCGGUGUGGGGAUAACGGCUACAACGGUGACCCGAAGAGGAAGCCCGAAGUGAGCCUAUAUCUGCUGCGGGAAGGGCUGGCAGCUUCCCUGGUCUCUGUGUUUAUUUUGGUGCUGUGGGGACUUGUUCAUUUGUCGUUACAGCAGCUCGUCAUUGGAAAGCCAACAGGCGACUUCAACGCAGUGAGAGCCAGACGGCACUUGGAGCAGAUCACCAGAGUCGGCCCUCGGCCAGUGGGCAGCCAGGAGAAUGAAGUCCUGACAGUCAGCUACUUGUUGGAGCAGAUUGAGAGCAUCCGGGCAGAGACCGCAGCGGGUCCCCAUCAGCUCACGGUGGAUGUGCAGCGUCCCACUGGCACUUUCUCCAUUGACUUUCUUGGAGGCUUCACCAGCUUCUAUGACCGGGUCACCAACAUUGCUGUCAGGCUGGAGCCUAAGGGUGGGACGCAGCAUCUCAUGCUAGCCAAUUGCCACUUUGACACAGUGGCUAACAGUCCAGGUGCCAGCGAUGAUGCAGUGAGCUGUGCAGUGAUGCUGGAAGUCCUCCAUUCUCUGGCCAACCAGUCUACUCCUCUUCAUCAUGGAGUUAUUUUCCUCUUUAAUGGGGCAGAAGAAAAUAUCCUUCAGGCCAGUCACGGUUUCAUUACUCAGCAUCCGUGGGCCAAGCAGGUGCGGGCUUUCAUUAACUUGGAGGCUGCAGGUGUUGGGGGCAAGGAAGUUGUUUUUCAGACAGGUCCAGAGAACCCGUGGCUGGUCCAGGCCUACGUUCACGCAGCGAAACACCCCUUUGCCUCUGUGGUCGGCCAGGAGGUCUUCCAGAGUGGCAUCAUCCCCUCUGACACUGACUUUCGCAUCUACAGGGACUUUGGUAACAUCCCAGGCAUUGACUUGGCUUUCAUUGAAAAUGGUUUCAUCUAUCAUACAAAGUACGACACUGCUGACAGGAUUCUGACAGACUCGAUACAGAGAGCCGGCGACAACAUCCUGGCAGUCCUGAGGUACCUGGUGACAUCAGAGAAGUUAGCCGAUUCCUCAGAGUAUCGUCAUGGCAAUAUGGUGUUUUUUGACCUGCUGGGUGUGGUUGUGGUGGCUUACCCAGCCCGCGUUGGCACCAUCCUCAACUACAUGGUAGCCACAGCCACCUUCCUCUAUCUGGCAAAGAAAGCCUCACUGCCAGGCAAUGGAGGUGGACGCUAUGUUCGAGAACUGGCCUGUGCGACAGGCGUAGCAGUCCUGAGCUGGUUCAUCACCCUGUUGUCAGUGCUGAUUGUCGCUCUGCUUGUCACUCUGCUGGGCCGCUCCAUGUUUUGGUACAACCACUUCUACGCUUCCAUCUGCCUGUAUGGUGCUGCUGCCACGGGAAAGAUGAUCCUCGUUCACACGCUGGCCAAGAACGUGUACUAUGGAGGUGUCCGUUUGGUGGAGCUGGGCGAUCUCUACUUUGACGUGAGCUUGUUGCUGUGGUGCUGCAGCCUGGUGUGGCUGACCCAGCAGGGCCUGUGUUCAGCCUAUGUGCCCAUGCUAAUGGUGGCCUUCCCCCUGGCCACCAGACUGAUGCUGGCGAAAGAAUUUAAACACAGAGGAGCAUCAGUGAAAUAUAGUGUGCUCUAUCUGUUGGGCCUGGCGUUGCCUUACGUUCACUUCAUGUUCCUCAUCUGGGUGGUGUUUGAGAUUUUCACACCCAUAAUGGGUCGCAGCGGCACCGAGAUACCUCCUGAAGUGGUGAUGGCCUCCCUGGUCACCCUAGCAACCAUUUUUCUCUCAUCUUUCUUUCUGCAUUUUAUCUACUUGGUACGGAGCACUAAGUGGAUCCUGGCUGGCCUGGGCUCGGUCUUCAUCGUCAUGUUCCUGUUGAUGUCCUGUGGCCUCCUCUUUCCUUAUUCAGGCAAUCCUGACAGCCCGCGGCCGAAACGAGUCUUCCUUCAGCAUACAACACGGACCUUCCACAAUCUCCAGGGCCAGGUGGAGAGCAAAGACUCAGGUCUGUGGAUCAAUAGUUUUGACUACACAGGCAUACAGCACAUCCAACCACAUAUCCCCGAGAUCAACGACAGCGUUCGCACCAGCUGCCGUGAGGACCGGCCCUUCUGUGGUUACCCCUGGUUCCUACCUGUGAAGUUCCUCAGCAAGAAGAACUGGUACCUUCCUGCUCCAGAGGUGUCUCCCAGCUCUCCUGUGGAGUUCAGCCUGCUGUCGAGAGAGGAGACCAGCUGGGGGACGAUCAAGAUGACCUUCAGUGUGAAAGGUCCCAGUCACAUGUCCCUGUAUCUGAUGCCUCACCGAGGAGCCAGCCUCUCCACCUGGUCCUUCGGUGACGGGACGCCUCAGUUCGACCUGAGCGGAGAAUAUUUUGUCUUCUAUUCCCACGGCCUUGAUGCCCCUACGUGGACUUUCUGGUUUGAAAUACAGCCUCCCAGAGAUCCGGACCCAUCAGGCCCUGAGGGGAUGAUCUCUGUUGCCAUCUCUUCCCACUAUUUCUUUGGACAAGAUAGAAGGACUGCUCAACUGGAGGGAAUCCUCCACAAGUUUCCCACAUGGGCUUUCCCUUCGUCUUGGGUCAGUACCUAUGACAUGUACCGAUACUGAGGAUGCCACACAUCACAGAGGCCGACGCUGAGGAGAGCUGAGGGUUGCAGGGGCCCCAGAGUGAGAUAGAAAAGAUUUCAAGGAACAAUACUGAGGACCAGCCCUGACGCCUUUUCUCUCUGACACAAACGCACACUCUAACACACACUCACGCUCCCUCCCAGCCUGCCUGAGAGACCCCCAUCACUGUGUCAGUAGGCUUAGUAGCUAACCAAGCAGGAAGACGCGCUGAGACACGCCAGAGGUAAGCCGAUUCGCUUACGGACUUGACUAACUCGAUGACCGAUGCACUGGCCACCGCAAGCCUCGUGCUCACUCCUGGGUUAGUGAAACAAAGGGGUUAAGUUUUUUUUUUUUUUUUGUACUCAAUCUGUCGUGCCUUUGCUUUACUCAAUCCAUCUAACUCCCCUUCUCACUUUCCCUCUUGCUCACUUCCUCCUGUUCUUCCUCUCUCAUGCUUCCUGAAUGAAUAACGUCGCAUGGCUACUUCCCCUGCUCUCUCUUUAUCAGCAAACCACUCGGGCUAUUCUCAGACUAGAUGCGUCUCUGGCUUCCUCUGCAGAAAUGACACCACCACUAUAUGCACUGUAGGUGUAGUAACAUACUGAUAGAUCCGUUUGGGAGGGGAAACAAAGAGAGCAGUUUUUGUUCGACCCCUCUUCCGACUUUAACUGGAAACUUUGACACUUUAAAAGUCACUUUUCAUCAACAUGCACUUGUUCAUAUUCUGAGCAAAUAGUUUUCGUAUUAACUGUGAAAUCGCUCAUUAUCAUUCCUCAAUAACACCACUGAUUUGCAGCAAGUCGUACGCCUGUGUUUCAACGAGGAAUGCCAACAAUCUGCUUUAAUUGUCAGAGAAUCUGGCAUGCAGAGGCAGAAAACUGUGCCUGUUAAAUGAAAACAGCUGGCUUCAGUCAAAAUGUCAAUGUGUCCUUUAAAAGGAGUAGCUUACCUGAAGAUUUUGUGCAGAGGUCAAUGUUGAGGUCUUAAAGUUUUCAGCCUGAUGUGUUCAAGAAAACUUGUAGUGAUUUUGGGCUAGAUGAGACCAGAACUCACAGGGAAACGUCUGAAUGUCCUGUGAUUUAAAACUAUUUCCCGAGCCUUGAGGGUGAUUGGGUGGGAAACCAGCAAUGCAACUCCACGCUCAUUAACAGCACCAGUGGCAGCUUGUUCUGUCUCAGGUGGAGGUGUUGGUUCUUGACAUUUACUGUAAAAGUAUUUGUACUUGUUUUCAAACUUGACUUCUGGUCUGUGCUACGAGCUGUCCUCAGCAGCACCAAUGGAUGUCUGUGUCAUAAACUAAACAGUUGAGAAAACAGAAGAUUAAUCAAUUUUGAAAAUAAUCCUUAGUUGUGGCCUAGAGGAAAGUUAUCCAGUGCAGAUGGAGAUAAGUUAAUCAGACCUUUAUGAAUUUUGAGUUAAUUGUUCUCACUUAAAUGGCAUUAAAACAAAAUUUUUAAACAUCAGGACCUCAGUAAGAAUAGCUGCUGCAAUGCCGUAGCUCAUGGGGAUCCUAAUAAACUAAACUAAACCAGGUAAAAACUAUGUACAUACAAAUUACAACAACUCAAUAUAGCAAUAUAAAUAUUUAAUUAAUCCAAGUGAAAAAAAAAUGGGUGAAGCUAUAUUUUAUGGGUCUGAAUUUUCAGAAUCAUUUUCGAGUAGUAUCCUGCAAUGAACUAUGCAGACCAUGUUCAAUCAGUAUGCUCACAAUUACUUAAUCCUGUUUAAUUACCAGCUGACUGUGCAAAAAGUGUAAAUCAUUGUACAGGCAAACACACAUUUCAACACAUCUGAAGAAUAAGAUAAUAAAAAAAGAAUAUUUACUGGGGGUGUAAUGAUACAUCGAUCUGAAUCAACAUAUCGAUUCAGUGAUCAACAAGUGUAAACAUUACAUAUCGCCAUCUUUAAUAUACACCUUCAUUUUCAAAUUCCCAUAGGUUGUUUGUGUCACCAUUCCCAUCCAAGUGCACCUCUUUCCUGUACAUUCAAACUGUGCAGGCGAUAAUGGCAAGCAGCCAAAAAAAAGACUGAGGAUAAUUACUGAUAUCAUCUCAUAUAGAUUGAAUUGAAUCGAAUCAAAGUAGUACAGUGGCCAACUUUGUACUAUCAGCAAAUAUCGUAUUUUCUUAACAAUCAGUUUCAUUUUGUACCAUGAUUAAACUUGUGAUUAACACCCCUAAUGUUAGUACCAAUGUUAGUACCAAAAUGCAUUGUUAUUUCCAGGAAAUGGAAAAUUAUAAGGAAAUAACAGACCUGUAAGAUAAAGCAUUAUGAAAAGCAGUUAUAUGCAGAUAGCUCCAGGUGGAAUUAAAUUCUCUUACCAUAAAUAAUCUUAUCUGUAGAGAGAGAGAUGAUUGAGACGGCGUUAAAGAAUCAAGAAUGAGCUGUAAAACGGUAAUCCGUUUGGGAAGCAGUAGAUGAAGCUUGUUAGCCCACUCUGCUCAUGUAAACUCUCAACUGAGAAACAUCUAGCUAAGCAUCCACCCAGUGAGGAGCUGAACUCUGCUAAACUGUUCAUUUACUGUAACUUUUCUGACCUUCAAGUUGUGCUGAAAUGGUUCUGUGAAUGUAUAUUUAUGCAUUGAUGCUGCUGCGGACGCUUCUACCAGUAACUGUUGUCCACUCAUUUUAUGGUGUGUGUUGCUAAUAUUUUUUUUUAUAUAUCACUCAUCUCAUGUGGAGCUGCAUCUUUUUAUUGUCUAGAGCCCAAGUAUCACAACCACAACCUUGUUAAUAUGACCUGUGCUACGUGUCUACUUCACAAAGUUGACCACAUAGAACACCGUGUUACCGUCAGGGCCGGAUUACACUAGAAAGGAAGUGGUUUGUACCACAUGUUGUCUUCACACACUGGAGGGCAGAGUGAAAAGCUAGCUGUUUAAACAUGGGGAUAAAGGUUAGUCUCUCUUGGAAGGCCUUCAUAGUGUUGCACUUGGUUGCUCACAUGAAAAGUGACAGAAAUAGUUUAGUCAGGAAUGAAAAAAGAGAGCUAAAGAAAAGGUCAAUCCCUUGCUCCUCUCUCACCUCCACCAGGCCCAGUGUGAAAUGGGUGUUAAUGCUGGUUUUGGAAGCUUAUAGAAAGGGUCAUACACAGAUUCCACUGCCCGGCAUCAGAAAGGUGUCGGGGGAGGCGAAGCAUCUCCACUUCUGGUGUCCCCCAUGGGACCUUAUUUCUGAAAACAUAUAUAUGAUAGUCAACGGCAAGAGACUUUUGAUCCUGUGUCAAUUGCGCAAUGAGUAACACGUGAUGUUUGCCAGUUUAAAAGAUAAUUUGCAAGUCAAGAAAGUCACAGUGUUGUAAUGCCAUUUAGUUUUGUGUGAAAUUGCUCAGUGAAGUAGAUCUCGUCUCACACAAUAUAACUAACCCCAGUUAGCUAGCUUUUAGCAACGCUAUGGCUAACUUAGCUAUGUUCCAUACACAAAUGUAUUGUUAUCUCACCUGCUGCAUUUUACCCAGUGACUCCAAGCCUUUUAAGCAACCGGAAAGUUCAAGAAUAAGCAAGAGCCGGUGCUUUUGUGAGAACAUCCUGGUACAAAACACAGAGUCAUCACAGCUUUAUCAAGAGAGAAAUUUAUGUCAUGACUUUGGCGAUCCUCUGUUGUCCUUCUAAAUAUGUCUUCUUACAGUCUAAGGCUGUGCUCAUGUGCUCCUCUGCAAUGAUCCUAUUUCCUGAGCCGGGAAAUGGUAUCGCUGACUUUAGUGUGAUCAGGAUCUUAAGGUCGAAAUGUGGAAAAACAUAGCCAUUACAUAGAUGUGUCAGAGCAUUUAAACAAUACUUUGACAACAGUUUGAAGCUUUACAUCAUAAAGUGAUUUUGUCCCAGACUUGUUGCUGCACCAGCACAUCCCCCGAAACUACUGAAAUAUUGCUUUACCUGAUAACUGCUAAUAACUAACUUUUCUAGCUUAUCUGGGUCACGAAGUGGGCAGCGACUGUUAUAACCUAAUACCAUAUUACAAGUUACAUGUAAACAAAAACUGACAUUCAUAAUGUGAACUAAUACCAAAUAAAUUCCCACCAACCCAACAUUUACUUUCAUCUGCUAUGUUUCUGCAUAUAUGACAUCAACUCAGCAACUUGUGUUCCAAAUUUGCAGCCUUCCCAAAUUGUCAUUCAGAUUUGAGGGGGUGGUCAUGGGAAUUUUCCCAAUCAGGAACUCUGUUUUCAGAAUAUCCUACACCACAUGAAUGUAGGGUUAUACUUAAACUGUUUUACAACAAACUACAACUGCAACAUAAUAUUGCUACAAUUCAGAUGAUGAUUUGUCUCUUGCCAUUGACUACCAUACAUAUUUUUUUCCGAAAUAAGGAGCCAUGGUGGUCCGCCAGAAGGAAAGGGACUUUGCCUCUAUAUGCGACCAUCUGACAAGCCCUUCUGAGUAUAAAGGCAGUGUAUAAAGGCCCCUUCAGUGUCACCACUACCUCCACUAUGAUCAAACUUAGUGUCCGACACCAAGAUAACAGCUAUUAAUGUUCUCGUAAAGACUGGUUUGAAUGUUACUGUUGGAAAGAUUUAAAUGACUUAGCUAACUAAUGUUAGAGAGAGAUUAUAUUGAUGGAUUAUAAAGCAUCAUCAUGUUUGUCUCUGGGCUACCUCUGUUUUCUGCUAACAGCAGAGUGGUUCCAUCGUGUUUUUGAUCGCUUAGUCAGACCGUCCCCUCCCUGCUGUCAGUCCCACACUCUGAUGAAAUCUUUUAAACGCAAAAGUCACGUUGCUGCUUGUCAGCAGUUUGACUCCUCUCAUAUGUUAUCACAGGUGGCAUCGGGUUGUAAAAGACUUGGGAGAUUGUUUGCACUUGGGAGAUCAACUGAGCAAAAUCGUCUUUCAUCCACUUUGUGUUACACCCGGUGACGUGUUGUUGUGAUCCAUGUUGUCCGUUUGGCUUCAGUCACACACAAAAAUAAGAAAUGCUGACAUAACGGAGGCCUUAACAUUUUGCUUCCAAAGAAACACAAAAUGUUUACUGUUGUGGACACAAACGUCUCAGUGGUCUUAAAAGCUAUCAGGUGCUGCACUGUACAGAGUUUUUAUGCACGUGAAUUUUUGUCUGUUGUAAAGUUUGAACGUAAAAUCCAUCACAGCCUUCGACAGCACUUGGCGGACAGAAAAACAGAUCGUCCUACUAUGCUCCUUCUUUUAUGCACGAUGUGUAACGAGAAGUCCUCAAAGUACUCUAACUCAAUCUGCUGAGGAAGAUAGUGUGAUACAAUUGAAAGCUCCAAAGCAGGUGACAUUGUUUUUGUCAAAAGCCAGAUGGUCUUAUCAGCUGACUGCAGUAUGAAAAUAUGUUAGCGUCCUUUCGACAAGCAAAACAUUAGACAACUGCUGCUACGAAUUUGACUUUGACUGGAAAGAAGAUGUUACAUUUAAUUGGCCGGUGAAAUAGUUGUCAACACUAGAGAUUUUAUACCUCUCCUCCACUGUUUUUGUUAAAGGACCAUACCUGUGGGAUUAUUUGUUUUUGUUGUACAUUUCAGCCAUUUACCACAGAUCAUAUAUACGUCAAAUAACUGUAACCUUGACAGCAGUGGGACAAGACAUGCUAUUCACUUUGAUAUAUUUUUCCAGAUGUCUAACAGAGACUGAAAGCUGCCUGCUGGAAAAAUACUGUACAUGGGAAAUAGUCGGCUAUAAUGUAAAUGUGCUAAAACAAAGGGGGAAAAUAGUAUGGUCCAUCUUUAACCAUUUCUUCCUGAAACAGAUGUUGCUGCAUUAAAGGGAUAGUUUGGAUCUUUUUAGGUGGGGCUAUAUGAGGCGGCACUUAUUCAUAGUCCGUGUAUUACCUAUAGUAGAUGGCAGUCGCUACACCCCCAGUUUGGAGAAGCAGGAGUACUGACAUGGAAGCUAAGCAAGUACUGCUGUGGAAAGGUGAGCAACAAAAUGUAUUUAAGCUACCUAAAAGAAGGUCCUUUUAUCUAUCAGUUUAAAUGUACACUGUAUUUAGAAUUUUUUCUCUGCUUUACUAAGCCAUCAGACGGCAACUUCCAACAGGGAACUGAAGCUAUUGUAUCGUUCUCUUCUAAGCCAGACUCCAUUGAGAAAAACAGCACACAGCUGCUGGUCUACCGCUGCCUCGGUAGGUUAGUUUGUUUUAGGGUUGCACGAUAAUAUCGGGACGUCAUUGGUAUCAGCUGAUAUUGGCUGUAAAAUAAAAUAUCGGAAUCAGCCAACAUGCCUGUAAUAACAGUACAUCAUCGGCAUAGGACAAAAUCGGGUUUAAAAUUAACUAUCAGAAUUGGCCAACACGCUUUUUCUUAUAUUGCGCAAUGAAUGAAUGUUACAUUUAUUAAAAAGUAUUGUAUUUCAUGUGUCCAUCUGCUGGUGGGCCAUCACAAUAA